GUCAUUCUCCUAAAAUGACGCUGUGCGCAUGCGGUGAUCACAGCUGUGGAAGCCAUAGCAGGAAACUCAUAGCAAAUUCAGUGUCAUAUCUUAUUUUAUUUUCCUUUUAGUCUCCGUCGGCCAGGAUGGCCGGUACCGCACUGAAGAGACUAAUGGCGGAGUACAAACAGCUGACUCUAAACCCACCAGAGGGAAUUGUUGCCGGUCCAUUGAACGAGGAAAACUUCUUUGAGUGGGAGGCUCUGAUCAUGGGGCCUCAAGACACCUGCUUUGAAGGUGGAGUUUUUCAGGCUGUCCUCAGUUUCCCCUCAGAUUAUCCACUCAGUCCUCCAAAGAUGAGGUUCACCUGUGACAUGUUUCACCCUAACAUCUAUCCCGACGGUCGUGUAUGUAUCUCAAUCCUCCACGCUCCUGGUGAUGAUCCUAUGGGUUACGAGAGCAGCGCAGAGAGAUGGAGUCCGGUCCAGAGUGUUGAGAAGAUCCUGCUCUCUGUGGUCAGCAUGUUAGCAGAACCGAACGAUGAAAGUGGAGCAAACGUAGAUGCCUCUAAAAUGUGGCGGGAAGACAGAGAACAGUUCUAUAAACUUGCUCAGAAAAUCGUCCGUAAGUCUCUGGGCAUUUAGGGAUGUCACCACUAGCCUACUGCGGUGAUGUCAUUACCCCCAUGGCCGAUGUCAUCACCUUGUUUGACACAGCAAAAAAAACAAAAAAAAAAAACAAAAACACAAGAGUACUCCUGAAACAUUUUCAGCUUUACAACAUGCUAAAGCAGCAGCAGCAGCACAGUUAAGGUCAAACUCUUAUUGAAAUGUAAAAGGAGGUUAUUAACAUGUGUCACAUGAUCGCAAGGUGAAGCAUUUUCACACCUUGAUCCGAACUGGGUCAAAAAAGGACGCUAAUCUUCAUUCAUUCAUUUCUUUUAAGUUUAGAUAAUGUGGUAAAGAUGAUGGUGUAAUUUUCGGGUACAGAGUCUCCACAAACUGCAUUUUUUUUUUUUUUUUUUUAAAUUAGCCUGAACAAAUAGAAACUCUGACUUUACUUUUAAGAUUUUUUUUCAGGAGACGCUGACUGUUGUCAUAAAAACAAAAGGCUUGAGUUACCAAUAUUAUUUUGCGAUUGUGCUUUGUCAGGUUGGACAGAAAGUUAGACUUUCAAAAACACCGAUGGAAGUUUAUUUUUUUUUGCAGUUGAACGACUCGAAUGUGAAGACACAAAAGGUGGACUGUAGGGAUGAAAAUAAAAAUCAAAUAAAAAAUAAAGACUUAAUUUAUAUUAAUGCCAGAAACUACUGGUGUAGGGACUGUCAGAUCUGUGAAGGUUCAAUUGUCCUUUCUCAUGUUUAUCACCAUUUUCUUUAAAACCUUGUCAACACUCUCUAGGACUCUGACCUUCUCUCUGUUGGAAAAAAAACCAAAACAAAAUGGAGGGCUUCAAUGACUUGGUUUUAAAAAAAAAAA